AAAGGAAAGGAAGUGGUGGGGAGAGAUGAAAGGGGUAAAGAACAUUUACCACCAUUCUUACACCUUCUCGUUCUUGCUAGUCUUCCUUGUCUUGAUUCUAUUUCAUCCGGCCCUUUCGACCUAUGUCAACACUAUGUUGUCUUCAGAAUCUCUCACAAUCUCAAGCAAGAGAACACUUGUAUCUUCCGGUGGAGUCUUCGAGCUUGGUUUCUUCAAACCCUCGGGACGCUCGCGUUGGUAUCUCGGAAUAUGGUAUAAGGUCCCCCGGAGGACCUACGCAUGGGUCGCCAACAGAGACAACCCUCUCCCCAAUUCCAGUGGAACCCUCAAAAUCUCUGGCAACAAUCUUGUCCUGCUAGGUCAGUCUAAUAACACUGUUUGGUCGACAAAUCUUACUAGAUGUAAUUUGAGAUCUCCAGUGAUAGCAGAGCUUCUGCCCAACGGUAAUUUUGUAAUGAGAUACUCCAACAACAAAGACUCAAGUGGGUUCUUGUGGCAGAGUUUCGAUUCUCCGACAGAUACUUUACUUCCGGAUAUGAAACUAGGUUACGAUCUCAAAACAGGCCGCAACAGGUUCCUUACAUCAUGGAGAUCAUAUGAUGAUCCGUCAAGCGGGAAUACCACGUACAAACUCGACAUUCGAAGGGGAUUGCCUGAGUUUAUUCUUCUUAUAAAUCAACGUGUUGAAAUACAAAGGAGCGGUCCGUGGAAUGGAAUCGAGUUUAGUGGCAUACCGGAGGUGCAAGGAUUAAAUUACAUGGUUUACAAUUAUACGGAGAACAAUAAAGAGAUCGCUUACUCGUUCCAUAUGACCAACCAAAGCAUCCACUCCAGAUUGACAGUCAGUGACUAUACACUCAAUCGAUUCACGUGGAUCCCGCCAUCACGGGGGUGGAGCCUGUUCUGGGUUUUACCAACGGACGUGUGCGAUUCGCUUUACUUCUGUGGAUCUUAUUCUUACUGUGACCUAACCACGUCACCUAACUGUAACUGUAUUAGAGGGUUCGUUCCCAAGAACAGUCAGCGGUGGGACUUGAAAGACGGAUCACAGGGGUGUGUGAGGAGGACGCGGCUGAGCGGUAGUGGAGAUGGGUUUUUGCGGUUAAAUAACAUGAAGUUGCCGGAUACUAAGACUGCGACGGUGGAUCGGACCAUUGAUGUGAAAAAAUGUGAAGCGAGGUGUCUUAGCGAUUGUAACUGUACGUCGUUUGCUAUUGUGGAUGUUCGAAACGGCGGAUUGGGUUGUGUGUUUUGGACCGGAGAGCUCGUUGAGAUCAGGAAAUACGCCGUCGGUGGUCAAGAUCUUUACGUCAGAUUGAAUGCUGCUGAUCUAGGCACUGGCUAACUCUAAUAAGGAAGAUGCAUAAAAUAUGGUAGCUGGAUAAUAAAAGUGCUGGUCUACUACACAUUGAGGUUGUAGCAGAAUAGCCGAAUAAAUACAUUGCAGUGGUAAUAUUAUAAGACUAACUGACAUAUUCAUGUAUGGAUAUAAAUAUUUAUAAAUAAUCAAAUUAUAUUUAAUGAA